AUGGGAAAUCUUCGAGGGCAUGUGGUGUACGGCGCCGGCUUCUCCCUCAUCGGCGUAUGGCACCUCAUCAACCACUCCAAACUCCACACUCUGAAUCCCACCUCCUACACCGCCCCCACAUGGUUCCCCACCUCCCCAAUCAAAUUCCUGGAGCUCUACUUCAUCAUGUCCGCCUCCGCCGCCGCCGUUUUCAUGGACCUCUUCAUCGGCCUCCGCCGCCACCACCCCUUCUCCCCCGACGGCACCAUCCCCUCCUCCCACCUCCACAGCUUCGAGCACUCCAUCGUCGCCCUCUCCCUCUUCGCCUACGCCCUCUCCACACUCCUCCUCGAAAAAAAAUCAUCCCAAUCCCCGGCCUCGGCGACACGCGGGCUCAGCAACGCCGUGGCCGCGGUGGCGCUGGCGGUGGAGCUGCUCGUGUUCCACCUCCACUCCGCCGACCACAUGGGGGUGGAGGGGCAGUACCACCUCCUCCUUCAGGCCGUCAUCGCGGCUGCGCUGGCCGCGGCUGUGCUGUCGGGGGCUGGAUACGACCGGAGCUUGGCGGUGGCGUAUGUGAAGUCGGUGGGUAUAUUUUUCCAAGGGGUGUGGUUGGUGGUCAUGGGGUUUAUGUUGUGGACGCCUAGGUUGGUGUUUUUGGGUUGUUUUAUGAAUUGGGAGAAUGGUUCUAGCUUUGUGGUGAGGUGUGAGGGAGAAGAGGCGUUGAUGCGAGCUAGAUCCCUUGUCAAUAUUCAGUUUAGUCUGCUUCUUGUUGGGGUGAAUGUGGUGGCUAUCGUCAUUUAUUUGAUCGUUUUCAAGAUUUAUUCGAACAAGAAUGUUUAUUUUAGGGGUUUUGGAGGCAUAGAGAUGGAGAUAUUGGACAAGUGA